AUGACGAAUAACAUAGACAUUGCUGUGCGAUUCAAGAACCUCAAAAGUCCUGCUAUCCCCACAUGUUUAAGAGCAUGUGGGGAUGAAAUUUUAGCCAGGAUCAAGUCUGGACAGUUGAGCACCCUUCCUACGUGCUGGUAUAGCAUGGUGCUGGGCGCUGAGGGAUUACGCCAGGACAACAUUGAAGAUGUGCAAGAACUGAUGAACCUGAUGUUGAUGGACAAACGGUUUCCCACCUUGCCCGAGGAGCCGUCCGUCCGCAUGCCUGAGUACACCAUCUUGUCGACGCAAAGGAUAUUCGCCGUGCUCUGGGAAUUUCUCCAUCGAUGUAAGGAAAGCCUCCAAAUAAAACUGGCCUAUCCCACAGCCGGUUGGGUGAUAUUUGGUCCAUCCUAUUGGAAGCCAUUCGAGGUAGUAAACGAAGCACACUACGUAAAGGAGGUUCGACUGCUACUGGACGAUCUGUACGACCGAAUUCCGAUUAGAAGAGAUAUGCUGUGUUAUACAAUGGGAUUGAUUAGCGAGAUCACGAACGAUGCCGUGGAUCAAUGCCGAGAUCAGCCAUCCUUGGCCUAUUUGACACGAUAUCAACUUGCCCAUCAGUUCGGCCCGGUACUAUUCUCUAUUUAUUGUGAAAAUUGCAAAACUGAAGUGACCGAACGAAGCCAGACCUGUUCUUACUGCUCAAUGGUGUCACAGUUGUUGGACAAGCCGUACGUGGCGGAUGUGGUGGACCGCCUUCUUCGUUAUUUGCCAAGAGACUUUUGGCGCAACACCUUAGCGAUUGCCCAACCUAGCGGAUCAAUGGCCCAGGUUGAUCCGAAACAAAUCCACGCGGACAUCCAGGCGAUGUUCUGUAACAUGAAACCAUUGCCUACGCCGACAAAGGGAAAACAACCCGUCGCCAGCGGACCCCCAUCGGCAACUGCCUCUACCACCACCGCCAACAUGUUGGUUCCACCUCCACCUGUAGCUCCAGCUCCGUCAGUUCGGUCAAGACCUUCUCUGAUUAGCUCGGUACAGACCAACACCACACAACCGUUACAAACCGAUACAGUACAGAGGCCGUCUAAGCAGAUGAGUCCACCAAUAUCCUUGAUCGAACCUUCGCUACAUUCGCUACUGAGAGAAUCUCCGUCGACGGGUCGAAGCCUGUCAGUUGAUCCGAUUUUGGCUAGCUGGGAACCGCAUAAACCAUCGAGGCGAGGAAGAAGGACCAAACGAUAUUCCAUCACCCAUCGAAGUACCCCUACCCAUGAAAGUAGCACUGCAAGUCAGAGGAAAAGUACUUCCACCAGGAGAGCUAAAAAGUCCCACAACUCAAAAAGUACGCGCCCUCCAGCGGUAAGAAAGAAGCCUACCGUGAAGCGAAGCGUAACUGCACAU